AGGAGGACAAUCUCUCACCGUCCCAUAAAACCUUUAAAGUAAAAGCUACAGUGGAUUCUUACCCUUUCAAUCUUCACACAAUGGAACACUCUGCCUCUAUGAACUUGACUGUGGUGGAUGGAGAUGAGGUGGAGGACCAGCGACCUCUCCUCCCAACAAGGAUAGUUCCCCUACCUCAGGUGUGCUCUCCACAGUGUGGGAUACACCACACAGUCCAAACAUCGGCCGACCACACCGUGUGGCUGGACCGCAGCCAAGCCGUGACCACCACGCUUUUAUACAACGGCCAUCUUUAUGUCGCGCCUUCUCCUCGCUCUAAAAAGAGGGCAGACAAAGUGAAAGGCAAGGAGAAGAAGUGUGAGAAGAGGUCAGGGGGCAUCAGAGCAAACCCGGGACACAAGGAGCAAAAUCACCAGUGCAGAGGCAAAAAUGCAACAAUCCACAGACUCCAGGAGAGAGUCACCUCUUUCACCGACAUCCCCAUGUCUCCCCGUGACUCACCGGGUAAGAGCCCGAGCAGGUCACAUGUAGACACCAAGGACGUUGAGAGCAGGGGAGGCUGCAAGACAGACAAGGCCUCUCUGGAGAUGCACGGCCGUCUCCCAGAGAUCGUCAUCACCAGCAAAGAUGACGACCGCCAGCAUCAGAACAAGACAUCCCAGUAUCACCAGGACCCGAGGAAGAGCAAAGGCCUGCUGCCAGGAGCCGAGUGUCCCAGUCCAAGCCCCAGUCCCAGUCCUCAUAGCAGUCCAAAGCACAAGGCAGAGGACAAGGACGACCACUACUGGAAGACCCACGGUAUCGGCUGGCGGCUCGUCCGCAGGAGGACUCUGUUUCUGAGGAGGCAGCGGCUGAGCGACUGCACUCUGGCUGUGGGGAUGUUCGGCGUGGUGCUGAUGGUGAUGGAGACAGAACUGUCAUGGAGCGUCUACAGCAAGAGCUCCAUCUACUCCCUCGCGCUCAAGUCCGUCAUCAGUUUGUCGACGCUCGUCCUGCUCGGCCUCAUCAUAGCCUAUCACUGCUGUGAAGUGCAGCUUUAUGUCAAUGACCUUGGUGCAGAGGAUUGGCGGAUCGCCAUGACAACAGACCGCUUGGCUCUGAUGGCCCUGGAGCUGCUAGUCGCGGCCAUUCACCCGUACCCCGUGGGUCUGCUGGCGUACUUUCAGCAGAGCUCGGCGGCUCGCUUGUCGUCGUCAGAGACAGAGCUGGAGAUCGCGCUGACUCUGCCCAUGUUGCUCAGACUCUACCUGCUGUGGCGAGUCAUGAUGCUGCACAGCCGCCUCUUCACUGACACGGCAUCCCGCAGCAUCGGGGCCCUCAACAAGAUUCACUUCAACACCAGGUUUGUGGGGAAAACACUGAUGACGACUUACCCCGGCACCGUGCUCAUGAUCUUCAGUGUUUCUCUGUGGAUUGUGGCAGCGUGGGGCUUACAUGUGUGUGAGAGACACCACAACUACAAAGACCUCAGCAGCAACUACAUGGAAGCCUUGUGGAUGAUCUCCGUCACGUUCCUGUCCAUUGGUUAUGGAGACGUGGUGCCUCACACCUACUGUGGACGCAGCAUCUGCCUCCUCACUGGAAUAAUGGGAGCAGGCUGCACUGUCCUGGUGGUGGCGGUCGUAGCAAGGAAGUUGGAGCUGACCAGAGCAGAGAGGCAUGUCCACAACUUCAUGAUGGACUCCCACAUCUCUAAGAGGAUAAAAAUUGCCGCAGCAAAUGUGCUGAGGGAGACUUGGCUCGUCUACAAAUACACAAAGCUGUCGGGAAAAAGAGAUGACACCAGAGUCUGCAUGCACCAGCGGAAGCUGCUGCUGACCAUCCAUCAGCUGCGUCGUGUAAAGAUGGAGAAGAGGAUACUAGCAGACCAGGGGAACACAUUAGUUGACCUCUCCAAGAUACAGAGCCUGAUGUACGACGUGUUGUCCGAGGUGCAAGGCUGCAGAGGGGAGCUGGACUCACACAUCCACAGCCUGGAGAAGCAUGUGGAGGAGCUGAGGGAGGGCUUCAGGAGCCUGAUGCCACUUCUGUCCAACACUCUGUCCACUCAGAACUCCUCCAUACGACACCUUCUCAGGGAGAGGGAGGGGAAGGCAGAGACAGCCGGUAUGAGUGGAAGUGACAGGUAGAGACGAUGGGGACAUGUCUGACACCUCGUGCAAACUUGUCUUGAGGCUCGUCUUGUCUGGAAGAUUCAUCAGAAGUGAACAGAUGAAACCAGUAUAGAAUACAUUUUUAAUAGCUAAA